GUUGAGACACUCUGAGUUUGGUCGCUCACACGGACACGGACGCUUCUCACAGAAAGUUAUUAUUUAAUUUCCAGUCAAAAUGGAUCAAACCAUACUCAAUCUGUUGUUGUCGAAUUUGGAUGCUUGCCAAGAAGAUUCUGCAUCUGAGACCAGUUCGAUAAUCAGUGGGUUCGAGUCAAUGAGCAUUCAGUGCGAAGGAAACUGCAACGAAAAAGUGAAAGCCAUACUGCAACAAGCAGCUGAUGCAAUUAAAUUUAAAGAUUGGCAAAUUGAUAAUCUUAUCAUGGCAUUAAAAAGAAACACUGGUGUGAAAAAUUCCAGCGAAAAUGAUGUGUCAGGUGUAGAACAAAAGAAAACUGAUAAGGAUAAAAAUAUCGAAGAAAUCAUAUUAAGGUACGAAAAUCAACUAAAAGAGGCACUUACUCUUUUAAAGGAGUCCUCCUUGUUGCUCAAGAACUGUGAAACGCAAAAACAGCAGCUGAGGGAUGAAUUGGCGGAGAGAACUAAAGUUGUAAGUGAACUGAAAGAAGCCAAUGCUCUUUUAAAAGAGUCCAAUGAAAAAGUGAGAAGCCUUGAAUUGCAAAAUCAGAAAGUGGAGCAACAAUUAGCCACAAAGAUUACUGCAAUUGAUGUUCAGAUACUGAAUUUCGAACAGGACAAAACAAAAUACCCUGACCAAAUAGAAGUUCUUUGCGGUAGUUAUGGACCGCAACUGUUUCAGGUCUCUAACGAUAUUGUAGGUGCUGGUUGGCUAAUCAUAUGGCGCAUGGCAAUGCUAAAUGGGACAAUGAAAACAAAUGUUAAUGUUAAUGAAAGAAUCGUGCAAACCAUCGUCAAUAGUCAGCGACACGAACUCUAUAUUUAUAAGGUUGAAGAGGAUGGACGCACUUCGUAUGCUCACUUUGAUAACUUCAGGCUUCGGCAUGGGGGCAUAGGUGAUUGGUUUUGCAUUCAAUCAUUGGAUCUUCUUAGUAGCUCAAUUAAAGUUUGUGGCAGUUUGGUGAACACAAUAUACUCAAAAAUGAUCCAGGGUUUUACCUCCAGGUGCAUAUUAUAUCAACUUAUGAUAAGGGAAAAACAAAUGUAAAAAUAAUUCAUCUACAGCUAUGUUUAACAUCAACAG